AUGUCUGAUCAACAUUCACAACACACUCCGCUCAACAAUAAUUUCAACAACAACCGACCAUCCAUUCCAAUCUCUUCGAAUAAUGCCACUGGAAGCAAGCGGGGUGGUGUUCUAAAACACUCUCCACCAACUCCAACAUCAAACUUUCAACAGCAUUUCCCGACGACACCAACUUCUACCACCCUUCGGAAGCCACCUCCAUCUCCCAUUCAGACACCUUCUUCCUCUGGAAACAACAUGUUCAAUUUUCAACCUCCCAGUAACACCUUUGUUGGUAAUGGUGGAGUAAUUGCUCCGAAUAGAGGUGCAACAACAACAACAACCUUGAACACAUCCUCGGCCCAAAAUGUUUCAAUUUCGUCUCGUUUGAGCUAUGCAUCCAUUGUCACCAAUAGUAGUACCAGUAGUAGUAAUAGUAGCAACAGUAUUGCGAAUGUCAUGAACAGCAGUAGUGGAGCAAUUUUGAGAGAGGAUGAUCUUGACGAUUCAAGCUCUCUCUAUUCCAAGUUUUCUCAUAAUCUCAAUAGUAAUGGUCAUCAACAACCUCCUCAACAACCUUCCUCAUUGAAAGAGUACUCUUCCGAAUUCACACCUCUCAAACAAAAGAGUUCGUCCAAUGCAAUGGUGGCCACCAAUUUGGACAAUAAAUUGGAAGUGUCACCACCACCGCCAUUGGCACUACAGACAAAUGCCUCAAACCCUCUUUCAAACACACCAACAGGAGAGCGAAAGAAAAAACUAAGAAAAAGUGGAUCAACAUCGUCAGCCUUGUCCACACUUUUAUCGCCAAAUGCAACAACGAAUAUUGGAAUCAAUAUUCACAACAAUACUGCAAACCCUUCAUUGAACAAUGAUUUACAACACAAAAAAAAGAACUCUAUUGCAGAUGUUGAUUCCAAUGACGAGGAGGAGGACGAGUUCAUUACAGUGGAGUCUCCUACAUUUGCUCUUGCUCCCUCAGUUGUUAAGAAACACAAAAUGAAGCAGCAAAAAUCGGGUGGAGGCUCCCUCAUGAGCAAAAUACUUUGGAGAUUACGAACGAUUUAUUAA